AUGGCGGAUCACAGUGUCAUCCGCCCGCCCAAGAUCCGUGAGGGACGCCUCACGCCUGAAGCUGGCUCCCGGGCAAGCUAUGAGACGGCCGAGUCGAGCACCGCCGGCAGCCACCGCGCCCAUCACAUCCUGGGCCGGCACGUCGUCGACGAGACUCCCCGGCGGAGGCGAGCUCGAAAUCGCUCCUCCGGCGGCUUCUUGCUCCGCGACUCGGUGGCCGGAGACCGUCAUCCAUCUCGCCGCCGCCUGGCACCAGAUUCGACUCACCCCAGUCCCCGCGCACCUCGAACCCCCGACUCCAUUCCAUCUGCUGCUGGACCAGAUGACAGCCUUGCCCCGUCUUCGGAUGCCGCCUCGAGGCCGAGCACGACAUCCCCGCGCUCGCGAGCCAAGUCCUCGGCCCACUCAGACAACUCCGUCGCCGACGGCAUCCUCAGGCAGACUUCGCCGCACCAAGACCUCGCCAGACUCGACGUCGACUCGGCGCAGAUUGUCAACAUGGCCCUCAGCCUGAGCGAGUCGCGCAGGAUCGCAUCACGAAGGAACAUCUCCCGGGGCACCCCACCGCGCCUCGCUCCCGUGCCGGACAGCAGCUCGGCCAGCAACCUGCGACAGCACCUACAACAGCAACGUCGCUCCUCUCGAACCACCAGCCCGAGGCCCAAGCUGGCCACCUCGUCCAGAGUGCCCUCUGGCGUAUGGUUGAGUGGCCCUUCGCAGCCCGUCGCCGACCCGACCCACGACAGCCAGUAUCGAUACCACUUCUCUUCCUCGACAUUGGCCAGAGCCCAAAAGGCAAAGGAACACCUGGAGCUCAUGGCGGAAUACAGACGGCUUCUGGAGACGCUACCCCCGCUGGACCCCGGCUUCCAGCGUCAUACCACGGCUAGCCCUCCCACCUCUCCGUCGGGCAGCAAGAUGGCCAAGUUCGGCUCGCGUAACAACGUGUCCCUCUCCGCAGGCCGCCAAUACAACCCACUGCAGUACAUUCGCAACCGCAAGAUCCGAGCUCGCGAGCGCAAGGUGAUUGAUGCAGAGCGCCAAGGCUUUGGAGACGUCGAGAGUGUCAGGACAUGGGUCGACAGAGUCUGUCAACAAUCAUCAUCGCUCCCCGCCUUCUCCGACGAUGGAGACGGGCCCGCUCUGCCGUCUUUCCCCGGCGCCGACGGGCUGGAAAGCCAGUCGUCAUCGGAUCCUGCUACUUCGAGGGCUGCCGCGCACAAAAGGCGCCCAAGGGUCGAUUGGUUUGUCGAGCCUUGCGAUAUGGUGGCCGACGCAUACUGGCUCGAGCAAGACCAUCACAAACAUCUCAUCGAGGAUCGGCACUGGCGCAGAAUAUUUCCGCCCGCUGCAGACCUGUUUAGACCCAUGUCUGGCGACAGCCAAACUCCAGAUCAUACGAUGACACCUCAAUCGCGCCAGCCCGAGGGUCCGCCAGACACGAAAGGCCCUGGGAUCGCAAAGGCCGGUUCAGACCUCUCGAAUAACAGCGCGAGAGACCGCGCUAGGCAGAAGUUCCAGAACAUCAAAACAUUCCCGCAUCGGCACAGUGGCUCUUUACACGGCCAUCACCUGCACCAUCACGACUUUAGGCGGCUGGGCAAAGACUCGGCCUCGGAUCUCUCGGGCAGUGACAACGAGGUCAAGAAUGACCUGCGGCGAAGAAUGCGGCUCGGACGGAGCGGGACGCUCACCAGCAACACCAACGACCUACUGGAGAAGCAGAUGAUGGAAAUGAUUGCCAAGGAAGCCCGUGAGCGGGAGCUUGCAGGAGCUGGCGCACAUGACGAGCGAACCAGCUACCCCGCCAUCAUGUCUCCUGAGAUGAAGAAUCCUCUGUCUCCGCCUCUCAGUCACUCUCUGAGCAGACCAGGUUCCAUGGCCGACACGAGCGACUCGGAUCGCAAAGGCGCCUCUGACAAACCCCGGCUAGCAUCACCGCAUCGACAUCAGCGGGGCGCAGAGGUGCCAGAAUUGCCGUCGAACCCAUCGGAAAUGGUCACGUCGCUUGUGGCAUCACCGGAGCUUCUGCCUUCGAAAUCCAACGUCGCAGAGCCAGGCACCCUUAGCCCUCCAUUCUCCCCUACAUGGAGCCGCUCGGGAUCCCCUACAAGGAACCCGCUCAGCAAGAUCAAGAACAUCAUUCGUGACAAGAGCGGCGACAGUAGCGACUGUGCUCCUCUGACCGAUGUGGAUCAAGACGUGGACCGUCGAGCACCUGCUCAGGACCCAAACCCACCACCAGAAAAGGUGGGCGUGCCGCAUAGGCGCACAUCGAGCCCGAUAAAGAAACUUUCCUUUGACCGUCCGUCCGAAGGUUGGAAAACGCAUCGAAGAUCCGGCAGUCUGCUGCAGCGGCUGGAUGAACAGGGCGCUGGCUUGCGUGGCAUGUUCAAGGGACCUCGCAUCGACACCGUCAUCAAAGGCGGCGUGUCCAGGCUGAGCGAUAUUCUCUGGAAGAAGGAUGGGUCGGGCGAACCGUCGCUCGAAGUAGACUCAACUGAUGAAUCAGAAGGCGAGCGGUCGACGGGGACGCCAGACGAGAGCCGCCGCGGCUCUAAACAUUUCGUUGACUCCAUGCCCGAGUUCAGCCAUGCUGCUGGAGUUCACUCGCACAGCACCGGCGAUGGUCACGCAAAAGAAGCGGCGGACGGAGUGACGAGUCAGAGCAGCCGAUCGUCACGCUUCGAACUGCUCAAGCCUCCCCUGGUCGGGACCCGGAGUGCCUCGCCUUCCGUUUCUCCUCUUACGCACCGAAAAGCUCGUAUCGGCGAUUCGGAAGCUUGGGAGUCGGAUUCAUGGCAUGGCAGUGUCGUUGAGGGCGUCCGGAACGCAGAUAGGCGUCUCGACGAUGCAGCAGAGCCCGAAGCGUCCGAUCCGGCCGACCGAAGGCAGAGCCGACACUGGUCGAUAGCGGACUUUGGCUACUCCACAGCAAAGACUCAGCUUUCUCGGCGCGAAAUUGCCCGGAUGAGGGUCCUGAUUCUAAGCUCCGGCAUCAAGGCCAUGGAGAUUAGCAGGCGGGCAAACGAGAUUUGCGAGCCGUUCAGCAACGAAGCCCUGACGGCGAACCGAGCCUCCAUGGAAGCCAACCGCGCCGGCAUAGAGUGGGCAGACAUCGCCCGGCUCAGCCCGGAGAAGCAGCAGUUGCGCAAUCACAAGGCUGCGCUCUGCGAGCUGUAUCCGCUCGCGGCCAAGACGCUCGCGUCGGCAAUCCAGGCGUCGGGCCAGCGGUGGCAGAUCUCGGCGGACAGGUUCACCACUCGGACAAGCCCCGACCUGCACCGGCGCAUCGGACAGGUGCGGUCACGCCUCGUCGACGACCUCUCCGAGAUGACGCGGAGGGCGGCCAACGAUGCCGACGAGACGAGCAGGGACCUGGCGCUCGGCCAGCCGCUCAAGGUCAAGCACGUGACGGACACGAUUGACAAGAUGCUCCGCCGCCGCCGCCGCCGCCUCCGCUGGGUGCGACGCGCGUUGUGGCUCAUGGUUGAGUGGCUGCUCGUCGGGCUCAUGUGGUAUGUCUGGUUCGUCGUCAUGAUCCUGCGCGUCGUCCUGGGCCUCGGCAAGGGCGCGUGGAGAAGCGUCAAGUGGCUGCUUUGGAUGUAG